AUGGACUUAUCAUUGUUUAAGCUUCUGCGUUCAUUCAUUCUCGUUUUAUUCAUUGCUGUUGUUGAAUAUCGCCGUGGCUCAUUUACACUUUCGGGUGCUAUCACCGGUUCUGUUCUAUGUUUCUUCAUCGCCUAUUCCAAUAUCGUCUUUUUAUUCGUGAUGAUCACGUUCGUUUUGAGUGGCUCAUUCGCUACACGUUAUGGAUUCGAUUUCAAACAAACGAAAAUCAAUGAAAAUGAUCAUAAUGUUCGCGGGCGAAAAUCGAAGAGAGCGGCACGCGAUUACUCACAAGUGUUAUGUAAUGGUGCUCUCGCUUGCUGCUAUGCUUUAUGUUACUGUUCACAAACAAAUUACUCAGGUCUUUCAUUACCGAUCGAUAACAAACAUCCGUCCACGAUAUAUUCCAUUGGAUUUCUCUUUACAAUUGUUUGUUGUUGUGGAGAUACACUAGCAUCGGAAUUAGGUUCUGUUUUUGCUCGAGGCAAUCCUCGUUUACUAACGAAUCCGUUUCGAAUCGUGCCGAUUGGAACCAACGGUGGAAUUUCACUCGCUGGUUGUUUGUUUAGUCUAUUCGGCGGGUUGAUUAUCGGUAUUAGUUAUAUCAUAGGUAAUAUGAUAUUCUGUCGAUCGGAUCAGUUGAUCAAUACAUCUAUGAUAACUAUUCAAUUACUUUUGUAUUGUACAUUAUUUGGACUUGUUGGUUCAUUGAUUGACUCACUCCUGGGUGCAAUAUUACAAUUUAGUGGCUACGAUCGCGAACGUAAUGUCACCGUUCAAAAACCUGGACCAUCUGUCGAACAUAUAUCUGGUCGAAAUAUUUUGUCAAAUAAUCAAGUGAAUCUUUUUUCAUCAUUUUUAACUUCCAUUCUGGCUAUUUGGAUUAUACCAAAUAUCCUUCUUCAGACAAGAUUGAAAAAAAAACCACCAAUCCAAAUUAGAAAUGGAAUCAAUCACAACAAGCAAAAGUUGCUGAAAUAUAAUGUCUUAUCAAUGCGUCUUGUGCGAAUUCAAAACGAUAUUCCACUAACAUCACUGACGAAAAAUGAUUUAACGAUUAGUACAAUACAUUUAGCUGAAACAGUUCAUGAACGAUUAAAAGAAGCAGGAAAUAUCAAUUGA